AUGGAACAAAUAUGUAUUAAUUCUCCAAGAAAAAGAAUUUAUCAUAACAUUCUUGAAACUAUUGGAGGUACACCAUUAGUUGAACUUCAUAGAGUAACAGAACAUCCAACAAUUAAGAAAGGAACAAGAAUCUUAGUUAAAUUAGAGUAUUUUAAUCCAAUGUCAUCAGUUAAAGAUCGUGUUGGAUUCAAUAUUGUUUAUCAAGCUAUUAAAAAUGGAAGAUUAAAACCAGGAAUGGAAAUUAUUGAAGCUACUUCUGGAAAUACAGGAAUUGCACUUUGUCAGGCUGGAGUUGUUUUUGGAUAUCGAGUUAAUAUUGUAAUGCCAUCAACAAUGUCACUUGAACGACAAAUGAUUAUGAAAGCAUUUGGAGCAGAAUUAAUUCUAACUGAAGGAAAGAAAGGAAUGGCACGAGCUAUUGAAGAAGUUAACAAAAAGUUAAAAGAAAAUCCUGGAAAAUAUUUUGUUGCAAACCAAUUUUGGUAA